UAGCAGACAGCCGGUCCACAGUGGUAAUGGCUGAAGUUGGAGUCUUGCUGGCAGUAUGUUAAACGUUUCGCAGUAAACAGUGAAAACCGACUUGACCACUAACGCAUUUCAGGAUGAUCAAAGCCAUUUUAGUAUUCAACAAUCACGGGAAACCGAGAUUGUCCAAGUUUUACCAGUUUUACCCCGAAGAGUCUCAACAGCAGAUCAUACGGGAAACGUUCCAGCUUGUUUCCAAAAGGGACGACAAUGUUUGUAAUUUCCUGGAGGGAGGAACACUGAUUGGUGGCUCUGACUACAAGAUUAUCUACCGUCAUUAUGCCACCUUGUACUUUGUGUUCUGCGUGGACUCCUCGGAGAGUGAGCUGGGGAUUCUGGACCUAAUUCAGGUGUUUGUGGAAACUUUGGACAAGUGCUUUGAAAAUGUGUGUGAGCUGGAUCUGAUCUUUCACAUGGACAAGGUUCACUACAUCCUCAACGAGCUUGUCAUGGGAGGCAUGGUGCUGGAGACCAACAUGACCGAGAUCAUCACACGCAUCGAGGACCAGAGCAAGAUAGAGAAGCAGGAGGCCGGUCUGUCUGCUGCCCCAGCAAGAGCUGUGUCGGCCGUCAAGAACAUGAACCUGCCCCAGCAGAUCAAAGACAUCAAACUACCCGACCUCCCCUCCAUCGGGAACCUCAAGUUCUGAGUGCCGGUGGACCUUGCUACGUGAAGGAACCAGCUAGGAUUGGGCAGGACAUCUUCCAGUGGGCGUCUCCUGUUACAUAAAUCUAUCUAGGGAAAUGAGUUUCCCACCUCCGUAUUGUGUGUUGUAAAUAAAAUGAUUUGUUAACCUUUUGUUA